AUGUCCUCUCCCGUGAUCGGUAUCACCUUCGGUAACACCUCUUCUUCCAUUGCCUACAUCAAUCCAAAGAACGAUGUUGAUGUCAUUGCUAAUCCUGAUGGUGAACGUGCCAUCCCAUCCGCUUUGUCGUACGUAGGUGAAGAUGAAUAUCAUGGUGGUCAAGCUUUACAACAAUUGAUCAGAAAUCCAAAAAAUACUAUCAUCAAUUUCCGUGACUUCAUUGGUUUGCCAUUCGAAAAGUGUGAUGUCAGCAAAUGCGCUAACGGUGCCCCAGCUGUUGAGAUCGACGGUAAAGUUGGGUUUGUUAUUGCAAGAGGUGAAGGUAAGGAAGAAGAACUUACUGUUGAUGAAGUUGUUUCUAGACAUUUGAACAGAUUAAAGUUGGCUGCCGAAGAUUAUAUUGGUUCCACCGUCAAGGAAGCCGUAUUGACAGUUCCAACCAACUUUAGUGAGGAACAAAAGGUCGCACUGAAGGCAUCUGCCGCCAAAAUUGGUUUGAAAAUCGUUCAAUUCAUCAAUGAACCUUCUGCGGCUCUAUUAGCUCAUACUGAGCAAUUCCCAUUCGAAAAUGACGUUAACGUGGUUAUUGCCGAUUUCGGUGGUAUCAGAUCUGAUGCCGCUGUUAUUGCCGUUCGUAAUGGUGUUUUCACUAUUUUAUCGACUGCUCAUGACUUUAACCUCGGUGGUGACAACUUGGACACUGAAUUAGUCGAAUAUUUUGCUAGUGAAUUCCAGAAGAAGUAUCAAGCCAAUCCAAGAAAAAAUGCUAGAUCUUUGGCCAAAUUAAAGGCCAACUCUUCCAUUACUAAGAAGACACUAUCCAAUGCUACUUCAGCUACCAUUUCCAUUGAUUCAUUAGCCGAUGGUUUUGAUUAUCACGCUUCCAUCAACAGAAUGAGAUACGAAUUGGUGGCUAACAAAGUCUUUGCUCAAUUUUCCUCUUUCAUUGAUUCUGUCAUUGCCAAGGCAGAAUUAGAUCCAUUAGACAUUAACGCUGUUCUUUUAACAGGUGGUGUAUCAUUUACUCCAAAAUUGACCACUAACUUGGAAUAUACAUUGCCAGAAUCUGUUGAAAUCCUUGGUCCACAGAACAAGAACGCUUCUAAUAAUCCAAACGAGUUGGCCGCAUCUGGUGCCGCUUUGCAAGCAAGACUGAUUAGCGAUUACGAUGCUGACGAAUUAGCCGAAGCUUUGCAGCCAGUUAUCAUCAAUACUCCACAUUUAAAGAAAGCAAUUGGUUUGCUUGGUGCUAAGGGCGAAUUCCACCCAGUAUUGCUUGCUGAAACUUCGUUCCCUGUACAAAAGAAAGUGACUUUGAAACAUGCCAAAGGCGAUUUCUUGAUUGGCGUUUAUGAAGGUGACCAUCAUAUCGAAGAGAAGACCUUGGAGCCAGCUCCAAAAGAGGAAAGUGGUGAAGAAGACGAUGAAAGUGAAUGGUCCGACGAUGAACCUGAAGUCGUCAGAGAAAAACUAUAUACUUUAGGUACGAAAUUGAUGGAAUUAGGUAUCAAGAAUGUUGAUGGCAUUGAAAUUAUUUUCAACAUUAACAAAGAUGGUGCUUUAAAGGUCACAGGUAGAGAUUUGAAAACUGGCAAUGCUGUCAAGGGUGAAUUAUAG